AUGUCUCCCAGUAACUCCCUCCCGGAGUCGAUCAUGCAGGCUAUGAACAAUAGUCUGGGGGAGACCCAGCAAGGUAUGAUGGACCGUGCUGAGGAUGUUGACAGACCUCCGAAGAUUGACACUCCCCAGAACUUGGACCACCACCAGCAAGACCCUGACAAUCCGUCAGUCGGUGGUGGCUACCAAGACUUUGGCUGGCAGCAGCAGCAGCAGCAAGAUGACCACGACGAAGACUAUGUCAAUGUGGACGAGGAGGAGGGUGGAGAAGACUCCGACGAUCAGCCCAAUCUGGGCCAGCGAUUCUUUCCCCAUUUAUAUGCUGACGAUCAGCAAGUCGCUAACGAUCCGAGUCCCUUCACGUCGGCCGGCGACCGAUACUGGGACGACCAACGAGAAGAUGACGAGGAUGACGACAACCGAGUCGUUGACGACCAUCAAGCCAUUAGCCAAUUUAUUGGCGAUCUUGAUAGCCUGAGGGCGCGCAAUCCUGCUGCACGUCAAGCUGACGAGGACCAGAAGGUUGCUGACAAUCUUCGCAGUAAUCGACUGAUUGACGAUCUCGAUGACCAAAUGGAUGGAUGUUAUGUCGCUCGUCUUCGAGCAGACUGUCCUGAUGACGACCUGAGCGAUCUUGAUGAUUACCUGCUGAGUGAUGCAGUGUUUAACGAGGUGAUUGACUUUAUUAAUGAACAGGUGGAUGAUCACACCUCGGUUUCGGAUGUGGUUGCUCGAUAUCUCGGGCCGCUUGCGGACUAUGAACGCGGGUUUGUGCUUGAUGCUGAUGCUGUUGAUGAUGACGAUGAUUAUGCUGAUGCUGCUGAUGCUGCUGAUGCUGCUGAUGCUGCUGGUGAUGAUUAUGCUGAUGCUGAUGAUGAUGAUGAUGAUGAUGAUGAUGAUGAUGAUGAUUAUGCUGAUGCUGCUGAUGCUGCUGAUGAAGACAGUAACCACCAAGCACUUGUGCUUCAUGAUCAUGACAACCACCACCACCACGCCCGUACGGAGUGUAAACUUGAAAUCAAGUGGGAGUUUCAACCCCCGCAACUGGAACCCCGAAUGCGACGAGCAUUGGACACGAUGGUUAACUGGAUCAACACCGGGGGGUGGAUCGCCUACAUGCGAGCCGCGAUUCACUUAUCCUGGGCGCUGAAGCUCACCCCCGAUGAUAACUGCCCCGCCACCUCCCGCGACGGCUGGGCGCUGCGACUGCGCUACACCGAUCUGCUGACCGGGUGGGGCUGGCAUCUCGCCCUCGCCUGCGUGGUGGGGGUCUGGAGUAACUAUCUGCUCUUCCUGAUCGUGGCGCCGGAGGGCGUGACGAGGGAAGCGGUCUCGCGGCACGUCCACGUCUGGGACGUGCUGACUGGAUUCACGACGAUGAUCAAUGCCGGGAUCAUCGGUGCGAUCGUCGAUCUGUAUGACGGGGUGGGCGACCGGGUGCGAAGCUUGGAGGUGGGCCAGGUCUGCGGCGUGGUAUGCUGGGUAAUGUAUUCGUCGUCGCUCGCUGUGUUGACGCUGGUCUGGGGUUACGAUUUCAUUCCGUCGGCGGACUUUUUGACGGUCCUGUGGCAGGUGGAUGGGUGGGGGUGCGUAUUCUGUGUGUCGGAUGGAAAACUGGAUUAA